GGCGCCGUGGCCCCCGAGCUCCUGGCGGCGCUCUGGCGCUCCCGCGCGCCCGAGGACGUGCUCGUGUACGGCUUCUUUCUGCUGCUUGCGGAGGUGCCGUUGGGCGCGGGGGCGUCGGCGCUGCCCACCGGCGUGCUCGCCCUCAGGGAGAGGCGCGUCCAGGUGCGCGACGCGCUCGCGCUGGCGCCCGCUGGCGCGCGCGUGGAGGACCGGUACCUCCUCCUGGUGCAGCCCCUCUCGGCGCUGCGCCUGCCCGAGCUCGAGGCGCUCCUCCUCUCGCUGCCAGGCGGCGCCGCGGGCGGCGCGCCGGGGGUCCCCGGCCAGAACGUAGGUCCACGCCCGCCGCCUGCGGAGCCGUGCCCAGCGGAGGAGUGGUGGCCGCGGGUGCCUGCCCUGAGAUCUGGUCGCUACGUGAAGUCGGGCAUGUCCCUGGCCCAUGCUCCGGGGCCGCGCGACGAGGCGCUGGAGAAGCGGCACUGGCGCGACACGCACCUGGAGGCCAUGCGCCGGUUCCCCCGAUUCUUCCAGGCGCGCGCCCACGAGGUCAAGACCCCGCCCCUCGACGACGAGGAGUUGCAACGGGUUCUCCGAGGGCUUCUCCUUCACGACUUCGCGAUUCGCUCCGUUUCCCACGCCGUGGACGCCAGGAAGCCCCGGAGCGAGGCGUCGAUCGUCGUGUGCGGGGUCGGUCGCCUGCUUGCGCACGAGCAGGACCCUGGCGUUGCUCCAGGUGCGGCGGCCGGGGGCCCGCAGUCGGGCGUGCCGGCAGGAGCCGCCGUUGCCCCAGCUGGCCCAGCGCCCACAGUCAGCGAGCUGUGCGCUGGGGGGCCCCAUCUGCCACCCGGUUCCAGGGUGCUGCCGGCGCCAGCGGCACCGCAGGGGGGCACCAGAGGCCCCGAGAUUUCGGUGCUGGUGGUGUUCGAGGACGCGGCUCGGCACGGCAUGCUCGAGGUGGCUCGCGAGCUCCUCCUGGCCAAUGGCUUCUUCGUGCUGGCCGACCGAUCCUGUCGGCCCAGGCUCUCGGACCUCUGCUUGCUCCUCGGCAUCCCCCCGCCCACGAAGCACCCUCGCGACCCAGGGGCGCUCUGCGUGCCGCAGCUCAGCCAGUCGCUGCAGGGCUGGCUGGAGUACCUCAAGGGGGCGGCCCACCAUAUGUUCGUGGUGAGGCGCCACGACGCCGUGGCCCUUCUCCUGCAACUGUGCUUCGGGGCGUCGGUGCAGCGGGCGGGCUCCACGCCACCAGUGCUGAGGUGGCCGUUCGUGGACAUCUCCGACGCCGCGCGCCCCGCACCCCCGCCGCUCUUCACCUCGCUCCACGGCCUGCUGCGGCCUGCAGUGAUUGCGCAACCCCCGCGGGCGACGUUCGCGGCCUUGCUGGAGCGGAUGAGCAGGCCGCCCCUCGGCCUCACGCUGCUGCAGACCACGGGCGAUGGGCCCAUGCCUCUCGAGGGUAGCGUCCGCACCAUUGUUGCCCUGGCGCCGCUGAGCCCCGCCGCUACGGCCGCGGGCGCCGUGGCCGAGCCCACCAUGGCCAGCGCGGCGUUGUGCACCAGACUGUGCUUGGCACGAGAGUUGCGCGCCUUCGGGGAGCUGCGCUCCAGGAGGGCGAGGGGCCUUUGCGCACCCUGCGCGCUCUUCGAGGCCUGGGAGGCGCUCCUGGCAGGCGGGGCCGUGGUGCUGCUGGGGCCCCCCGACGUCGACGCGCUCGUUGCGGCGCUGUGGCCCCACGCUGCGGGACCGCGCAGCGGGGAGCCGGGGACGCACGUGACCAUCGACUUCGCGGGGAGGUGCAUCCGCUGGUCGGACCCCCGCUUUGGUAUCGGCUCCGCCUCCGGGGCGUUGCCGGCGGGGGUGCCGCGGCAGAGCCUGGCGCCCUGGCAGGCGGGGCUGCUCAGCGGCAGCCUGGCUGUGCCCUACGGGUCUUCGCAGGGCCCGUGCCCUUGGGCUGCCGACCUCCUGGCCGCCGGCGUGCAGCUGCGGAUGCAGCUGGUGCAGAGAGCGGCGGGCGAGGACGCGGGCACCGUGCUGAGCGUCGUCGUUCGCGCACUCCGUAUGCUGGCCCUCGCCGCGCUGGUAGAUCAGGCGCUCGGGGCCGCUGCUGGGCACGUCGACGUUCCUGGCGGUGCCAUGCCUCCGUGGGCGAUGCGCCGCGCGGCAGUGCUGCUGCCGCGGGGGGCGGGGCCCGAGGCGCCUGCCUGCAGCAUCGCGCUGCUGCGUGACGGGCCGCCCUGGCAGGGGCUGCCCGAGUUCCCGGAGGCCUACACCAUCGAGCUCACGCCCGUGGUGGCGGCACUGCAGCCCGCGGAGCUGGCCACCGUGCGCCUCGACGGCGUCGUGGUGCGCGAGGACGCCGCCGGCGGCAAGGUGGGCCGCGGCUGGCACCUCCGGGGCGGGGGCGACGUGCCCUGCGGCGCGGACGCGGGCGCGGCAGAGCUCGCCGCGGCGUUUGCCGCGCUGCAGCGCCAGCCGCCCGCGCGGGAGCUGGCCCUCGUGUUCGGCGCGCCCCGCGCGGGCGGCGCGCUGGCGCUGGUGCCCGCCCAGAGCGUGCUGGCCUCGGAGGCGCUGUCCCAGGCCGCGAGGUCCGCGGGGAGCCUGCCGGCCCAGUUCCCGAUCGCGCGGAGCCACCACGCCACGGCCGAGGCGCUGCUGCUGGGUGCGUGCCUGGCGCGCCUGGCUGCGGCCACCGAGCGCGCGCCGGUGGGCGCCGAGGCGGCCGAGGUGGCCUGCAACGAGCCCGCGAGGGCCGUGGUGGAGCUCUGGCGCGCGGUGUCCUCCGAGGCGCCCGUGGAGAACGACGAGGAGUACUGGACCAGGCUGUUCCUGUCGCUCAGCUGCUACGGGGGCCUCGUGGCCAGCCACGCCUCCUGCUACCUCAGCCUCGAGGCGCUCCCCAGCUGCGAUCAGCUCCUCGUCCGCUUCACCUCGGGGGGCGGCGCGCCGCCCGCCGCCGCCCUGUGGGGGCCGCUGCCGGUCCUGGCGAAGCCGGGCCGGCUGGCGGCGCAGCUGCUGCUGGUGCUGCGCCUCGACGCCGUGCUGCAGCGCGGGCUGGCGGGCUCCGACCUCGGGAAGGGUGUCCACCAGGCCUUCAGCGACGGCUUCGUCCGCGCCUACUGCGCGGAGGCACCCGACCCCGUCAACGCGAAGUCGAGGCUCCACCUGCACUGCGCGCUCUGCCUCCUGGAGCUGCUGUGGGCGCUGCGCUGCGGCGGCGCACCGGCCGAGGAGCUGCGCGCUCGGCUGCCCGCCGAGCCCGCGCUGCGGGACGCCCUCCGGGAGGAGGUGCUCAACGCCCGCGGCGCGCAUGUCGACGCCCCGUGA